CAUCCUCACAUACCCUCCCUCCUCCUCCUCCUCCUCCUCCUCCAACACCACCACAACCACCGCCUCCUCCUCUUCCUCCUCCAGCAGAUUUGUUUGUAAUGGGGGUUGAGGCGAUUUCGUUUGGCCCCUUUUCACAUCUCCAGAGAGCGUCAGAGGAAUAAAGUCAUUCACGUUCAUUUUUUUUUAUUUCAUCACAUAAAAUGGCAACCAGGAAUGACCACGGAGGAUAAAAGGACGCAUUUAGGCACGAGCUGUGGUCUUGGAGAUAUUAACCACCUGAUGGGCACCGGACAGCCUCCUGUGGUGUCGCGUGUUGACUUGGUGAUUUUUAUUGCUGAACAAAUAAAAGGGCUGCAAGUUUUGAUACAGAGCUUCUGCGUAACAGGCUGUGCCACCGGCCCUUACAUAUUUUGGUUAUGGUAAUGAUGUCAUAGAAUCCUGGGGGCCUGUGCCUGAGCGGAAAGACAGGCUUUUUUUUUUAUCAUCUCCUACCAUGUAAGUAACCACACGGACCGCUCUCGACAUGGACCUGACUGAGGUGGGUUUGUUAUUCUGACAUUCUCACGUCCACAACUGGCUGAAACCCGUUCAUGCCUCAUUUUCUCUCUCUGAGCGCACUGGGCAGCAACUUUUCUCCUCUGGCCUGCAUCCACGUCGCACCGAGGCGGUCUCUGUAGCGCUCACGGACCGCACCGCCCAUUGACUUACAAUGGAGUUUGCCAUGGUGGGUGCGGACGGUGGGUGCAGUAGUCACCUGCCUUAUGGAUAUGCCCAAGCUCGCGCACGGGAGAGGGAACGCGAGAGGGAGCGCCAGGCUGCCCAAUCGAGAGCGGCGGCUGCGGCGGCCGCCGCUGAAGGUGGGUCCGGUGCGGAGGGAGGAGGCGGCAGCGUGGGGGGGUCCACCUCAACCUCCACCUCCUCCUCCAGCGCUCAUCUCCUUAACAACCGCCAGCAUCAGUCUCGCGCCGCCUCCUCCACGAACGCCAACAUCAGCAGCGGCGGCACCGCCUCGCGCCCCUCCUCCUCCUCCUCCUCGUCCUCCUCCACCUCCUCCUCUCAGCCGCCACAGCACCAGCAGGAGCCCGAGCAGCAGCAGAGAGUUCUCAGAGAGCGGAAAAAGCAGCGCGGCGUCGGACGGUGGAGACGCAGCCGGACGACACUCGGCGGGGACUUGCGCCACUCGGAGCUGGCGCUGCUCGGAUCCGAGGAGGACAUCAUGAUAGAGGAGGAAGAGGCCGAGGAAGAGGAGGAGGGAGAAGGGGGGGACCAGGGCAGCAAGAGGUCGAGCUUUCUGUGUAACAUGGAUGAUGAGGAGGAGACGGUGUCGCUCACUGACAGGCGCCCCCAGUCCGGAUACGAAAACGUUUACAGCGAGUGCGGCUGCUGCGAGAGAGUGGUCAUCAACGUGUCGGGGCUGAAGUUUGAAACUCAGCUCAAGACUCUCACUCAGUUCCCGGACACCCUCCUGGGAGACCCCGACAAGAGAAUCAGGUACUUCGACCCGCUGAGGAACGAAUACUUCUUCGACCGGAACCGACCGAGCUUUGACGCCAUUCUGUACUAUUACCAGUCAGGGGGGCGGUUGAAAAGACCUGUCAACGUCCCGUUUGACAUCUUCUCCGAGGAGGUGAAGUUUUAUGAACUCGGGGAGGAGGCAAUACUCAAGUUUCGGGAGGAUGAGGGUUUCGUCAAAGAGGAGGAGAAGCCUCUGCCCGAGGACGAGUUCAAGCGCCAGAUCUGGCUGCUUUUUGAAUAUCCGGAGAGCUCGAGUCCUGCCAGGGGGAUCGCAGUGGUGUCUGUCCUGGUCAUAGUUAUUUCUAUUGUCAUUUUCUGCCUGGAGACGCUGCCGGAGUUCAGGGAUGAAAAAGAGUAUCUGCAGCCACGACACAACUCCACUCAGCCGGACCACGGAUUUACUCCUUUCAACGACCCGUUUUUCAUUGUGGAGACGGUUUGCAUCAUCUGGUUCUCCUUUGAGAUUAUAGUCCGCUUCUUUGCGAGUCCGAGCAAACCGGCUUUCUUUAAAAACAUUAUGAACUCUAUAGACAUUGUAUCCAUUUUGCCUUAUUUCAUAACUCUCGGCACGGACCUGGCGCAGCACCAAGGCAACGGGCAGCAAGCGAUGAGCUUUGCCAUCCUGAGAAUAAUCCGUCUCGUCAGGGUGUUCCGCAUCUUCAAGCUCUCCCGGCACUCCAAGGGGCUGCAGAUCCUGGGUCAUACCCUGCGCGCCAGCAUGAGGGAACUGGCCCUCCUCAUUUUCUUCCUAGUCAUAGGCGUCAUCCUGUUCUCCAGCGCGGUGUAUUUCGCCGAGGCGGACGAGCCCACUUCCCAGUUCACGAGCAUCCCCGACGCCUUUUGGUGGGCCGUGGUGACCAUGACCACGGUGGGCUAUGGUGACAUGAAGCCCAUCACCGUCGGGGGAAAGAUAGUGGGCUCCCUCUGCGCCAUCGCGGGCGUGUUAACCAUCGCGCUGCCGGUGCCGGUCAUAGUGUCCAACUUCAACUACUUUUACCACAGGGAGACAGAUAAUGACGACCAGACGCCGGUUGUGGAGAGCAUGCCCCCAGGCUGCCCGUAUUUCCCGGACUUUCUAAGGAAAUUCAAAGGCUCGCCCUCUGGCUCCUCGCUGGGUGAUAAAGCGGAGUAUAUGGAGAUGGAGGAGGGAGUGACGGAGUCGCUGUGCGGGCUGGACAAGAGCCCUAGUAAAGGAAACGGCACUGACAUAGGAAGGAGAAACAGUACUAACUCAAAAUCCAUUCAGACUGACGUGUGAUAUCAAGUAGUGUCCUGUUAUUUAACUUUUUUCUGUGGAAGAAUUUGCCCUAUGAAGUUUCAGUGUGCCCGAGAUCAGGUGCCCCCCCAACACAAGAUUUUUGCACGCACACAAACACACGUCACCAAUUGGCAGGAUGAAAUAUUUCAUUCCCUCCACCUCAGAAUAGUUUCUCCAGAUCUUCUCCACUACUUCUCCGCCAUUAUGACCAGUAUUUAUCUAAUUGGUUGAUUAAUAAAUCAUCUAACCUGUGGGGGCUUCCAAAUCUGAGAUCAAAUCGGAAUUCGAGACAAGACAGGCUAUGCAUUCGCACUUUAUGAGUUUCAUCUGUCAAUAACUGAAAGUAUAGGGAUGGUCGUUUUGCUGUUAUGCAAUAAAGUUUAAAAUGUUUGUUUGCACUAAAUGUAGAAUUUGCGCUUUGUUUGGCUGAUUUUUCUUUUAGAGACAGAAACUGUAGGCCAUGCAAAUGGCAAUAAUUUAGUCAUCCUCUGACCACUUAGCUGAAGAAUGUUUGAGUUACUUCCUCAAAGAGAGCGAACUAAGGAUAUUAAUAACAUCUUUCAUGUGCUGCCAAUAAAAAUGACUCCAUUAAAGGAAAGGCCGAAGACAGAUACAAGACUUUGGUUAGUGUUCCAACACUUAGUAUUAACAAAACGUUCUUUGAUUAAACAUAGAAGUUAGCAGUCAUCGAAUAAACCAGGGCUAGAAUUAUUUCUACAACAUCUACAUGAAUAUGCUUUUCCACAACAGGCCAAAACAAGCAUUGUGUUGUUGACCCACCAUGAGAGCUAAGCACAGGAAACCAUCAGAGUUAUAAAUGGCUGGAGAAAUGACUCGCCCCACCAGGUUUUGUACGGACAGGCUUGGGGGCCUUGUUGACAACAGUUUCCCCAGUUUGAUUUAAACCACCUCAAAAUGACAAUAUCCCUUUACACGGACCCAGAUGGAAAGCUAUAGCAAAAAUGACUCUGUCGUGGAAACUCCUUGGAUGGGAGUUUGCAAGCAACUUCAUCUUCUUUCCGCUGGACUUUGUGCACAAAUUAUUAUCUUUUUUUUUUUCUUAAGAGGACUAUGAUUAUCUGUGAGCUCCGAGGACCAUCUGGGAUGUGGAUGUCUUCCAAGCUCACAGACACUGCCAUGGAUAAGGAAUGAGGUCUGAAAUCUCCAGCAAAGGACAGCCAAAGUCAAGUCUCCCUUUCUUGGACUGCACUGAGGCUUCCUUUAACAGUAACAGGUGACCUGCCUGUGAAACACUCUGGUGCUUUGAUGAUGAUAGCUUGGAGCAUUUGUGACACAGAUCAGAAGAAGAUUUAGACGAGUGUAUUAACAAAAACAUCCAAGCGUCACAGAGGAUAUUCUCCAGCGCUGCCAGUUACAAAGAGAGGGAGUAUACCCCCCACAUCUCCGGGAAAAUUGCAGUGAACAAGAAAACAUUGUGACUGGUCAUCUUGAGCAUGAGCCGAAACUUGAAAAAGCAACAACAACUGAACAGGGACUCAGCAUUUGGACGAGUGGGGAUGAGAGAGCUACUGCCCAACAACAGUAAACUAACCCUGGAGGGCUGAGACUAGAGUUGGCAGAUGAGUAAGUCGUGACCCAAAAUGAUUGCCUUAAUUACAACACAUAUACAGAUGUAUGAAGUGAUGAAACUAAGAGACUUAUAAAAGUUCAAAUAUGUUUUCUUUACAUGUGAAAAAAGUGUCUUGUAAGGAACAGAUGUGAAUAUUUUAAUAUGAUAGAGAUAAUGUUUUGUUGUAACGUCGACAUAAUGUUUUAGUUGGGUCGGCUUCGUAGGUGUCAUUGGUUACUAAAUGGUGAGUUUGCUCUCUGCUCAUGUGCAGUCAGCAGAAUGACUUAAUCUAUUUUUAUCUUUUUUCAUAUUGUCAACCAAACAAGGCUGGCCUGAGUUGCUCACUCAAAUGCUGGCGACAAAUUCACAUUGUGUCAUUCCACAUGAAAAUCCUCAUUCAGAAAGUGUAUAGAGGGGAAGAAACAUGAGACAUAUUGACUGGCUCAAUGCAACAAGAAGAAUAUCCUCUUACAUUAAGAUCCACUUACACUAAAGCAAAGAUGUCAGGCACAUAAACACCACCAUAAGUAUCUGCCACACUACUCACUUUCUAUCACAGAAAAACAGCGGCUGAAAAUCGCCGCCCCAAGAAUCAUCGACAUAAAAUGAAAUACCUUAGGUUCUACUCUCAGAUGCAAAUUUAGAGCUGACCAGCUGCUUUGUUGAUAGGUUUUUACUUUGAAUUUAACUGUAUGCAAAAGUAACAUGGAUGUGUGUUAUAUAUUUUUUUAAACCUAGCCUUGAUAAUUACAUAACCAAAGGUGAAACCCUGAAUUUAUUGUAUGUUGUGGAACUUCUGGAAAAUGUUGUGAUAUAGAUGCACACUGAAUAGGAAAAAAAAUGUAAAUAGCAGACAUUUAUACUUGUGUGUUCUAAGAUGUGUUGCAGAUAGAGAAAUUCGAGACUUUUUACUUUCUUUGACUGUUAUGACCAUUGACCAUUAUCAUCUGUGUUUGGUUUGUCUCAGCUGAUACAAUCAUGUUCCUCAUAUUGUCGCGAAUGCUGCUUCAGCACCCUUAUUGUCAUGUUUUAAGCAGUUUUGUUGUUGUUGUUGUGCUUGUUCUUUUUCUCUUCUUUUUUUUAUACAUACAGCCCAUUAAAAAUCCUGCAACUCAUUGAUUUGGUAUUCAGAAACAUGUGGUUGCUAAUGUUGUUGGUACAGCUUUGCCAGAGAAGUGUUGGAUUGUGUUACCUCUCUUAGACCUGCAAUGUUGCCCAUGAAUAUUAAUGAUUAGAAAUAUCCACUGACAUGCCAGAUGUAUUUAAUUUUUAGGCGUAGUAGUAAGAGAUAUCACUUAUUUUAAUGAAGACAGUGUUUUUAUUUUCUGAUAUUUUCCUUCAGAUAAGCCUCUAUUUCAUACUGUGUCAACUAUGAUGGCACUACAGACUACAGAGCUUAACCUCCAAAGUUCACAUUUUUGUUUUUUUUCCAAAAAAUGGUAUCUGUUAUUACCUCAGAAUCCCUCAGAAAAGCUGUUUACUGAAUGUUUCUUAGUGUCACAAAAACCUGUAGCCACACAAUAGUUUGCUUAGGAAAUCCUUACGGGAGGAUAUUUAAAUGCAAAGAAGAAACUAAUUUUGUCAUACAAACCAACAUUUUUAUUAGGACAAACAGAAUAGAGCAGCAAAGUUAAACUGUCAUGCAUGAAAUGUGCUGUUUCUUUACAACAUUAUGUCAGAAAAAGAAAAGAUGGAAAACUGUAACUGAAUGUGAAAAAAAUGAAUGACAGGAGUCACUUUGUAACUGUCCAAAUCAAGUUCAUGUAAAGAUAAGUGCUGUCACACAACAGAUAAAUCAAUCAACACAAUAGGAUUCAAUUUAAACACAGCGCUGUUGUCUCAGUGUCAUCAGUCAUUACAUUGUAAGAGCAUAAAUAAGCAAACAGCAAUAGAUGAGUUUGGGGAAGUUUACUUAUCUGCUUGCUUAUUUGCAGGUUAUACUAGUUAUAUGUGAAGAUUGACAUGGGUAUAAUAAAUGUGAAGCUGCAGCCAACCGCCAGUUAGCUUAGCAUAGCUUAGCAUUUAAUUCAAUCAGCACAUAACCCCCAGUGAAAACUCAGCUUGCAUUUAGACAUUGAUUGAACUAACUAGAUCUAAUGUGUUUAAGCAGAAUGAGUAAAAUUUUUGGUUGCAGUUGUUAAACAGAGUACUCAGUGUUGGCCCGUCCUGCUUGGCUUAACAACUGUGGAUACAUGCGGACAAUCUGGCACUUGAUCGCUCUAUUCUUAAUGGCUGAAUUUCAAUGUCCAACCUCUGCUCUUGUGGACUGAGCCCUCGUGGGCUUUGGUUGUAUGUGCUGUGACUUGUUAUGAUGUCAAGCCUAUGAGGGCAGUAUAAACCACGGAUACAUGGGCCUUAAGACUACUACAAUUUCUGUAUCAUGAUGUGGUUGAGUAUUAAUAUUGGCCAACCUGAGCAAGUUAUGUUUAAUUAUGUAAUUGCUGGACAAAUUCAUGAUAAGUUCUGUAAUUUUUCAGUAGGCAGUUAAAAGAGAGAUACUUCACUUCCGUAGUGCAAAGAGUUGUGUGUUAAUGUGUGUUAUAAGACCAGUGUACUCUCUGAGACAAUGAGUGCUUCCUUUAGAGUCAUACAGGGUUGGUCCUUUGUGAUGAUUGAGAGGGAUUGUUUUUGUAGGACAGCCUACAUAGUUUUUUUUUGUUUUUUGGGGGGGGUGAAAUUCCUACUCAUUCUGCCAUUAAUUGGUGGGCUUUAAAGGUUUCCUUUAGAAAUGGCUAAGCUAGCUGUUUCCUUUUUUUUCUAGACUUUAUGCUGGGCUAAAAUUAGCAAAUGUUGGCUGGAGCUGCAUAGUUAUUGUACAGACAUUAGAGUGCUAUCUGAGAGUGAACAGAAGCAUUUCCCAAACAUGUCUGAGAGGUAAAUUAAAUGAAAAUAUCAUGUGUCUGUAGAAAUAUAUUUUCUGAAGUGAUUCUAUUACACUAAUCUUCCUCAUGCACAAGCUGACCUUAUGUAGAAACUAUCAUAACAGAAGUUAACAUUGGCCAGAAGAUGUGCUGCAACACUACAGAUAUUCUUGUUAAAGAUAAAUUAAUCCACCGAGUGAUUUGUUCAGAAACAGCUCAGUAUUGUCAUGAAGCAACACAUUUGAUGCUAAGCCAAAGAGUAAUAUGCCCACAGGUUAGUGGGGAGAACAAGAACAGGCUCAGCCUGACAAUUGAUCCUUGAGGUCACCAUGUCCAAUCAAGUAGAACAAACAAGUACCAAAGGAAAAAGAGAAAUCUGUUAAAGAGGACAGUCUCUAACCCAUUUCCUCAAUCUGUGAAUUAACACAAUUUAGGUGGCUAGAGGCUACAAUUAUGUCAAGUUGCACUGAUACAGCGCCCUGUGCUUAAAUGUGCUGUCAUCAGGAGAUAAGUAGUAACCCAGAGUAGGGCAGCAGCAUAAUGUGAAGAAAGAAAAAAAUAAAGGCAGAUUUUGAAGCACAUAGAAAAUUCCUCAGAUAUUUAUAUGAAUAUUUAUAAAAAGGUCAUCCAGGUCAUGAGAAGGGAUGAGCAGAAACAGAUCCUACAGAACAAACAAUGACUCUACAUUUCCUUUGACUUAGUAUAGCUAGAUAUUCUUGUGGAUGUUGAAAUGACCUGCUGUAAUAAUAACUUCUGUAAUAACUGUUACUGUGCAUUCAGACCAAAAGCGCACAAAGAGGGAAAUCUGCCUUGUCGCUUUACCAACAUUGUUGAUCAAGGAAAGUUACUUGAUGGAAUAUUACUUGGUAAAGUCAUUAAAUAGCAUGCUAGCAUGCUAUGUUGCAAUGCUAGUAUGCAAUAAUUUCUCUCAUUUCUUACAAAUAUAUUACACAAUUAAAAGCUCACCAUGCAAACCAGCGACUAUAGCGACCUUCUUCCACGCAUUGGUUGUCUUUAAUUGACCCGCGGUCUGGGUCAGGUCGAUAUUUCCCUCCACUAUCCUCGGGCACUCGGGCCCUGUGUGUGUGCUUUUUUUUUUUUUUUUUUUAAUUUAAUAACUCAAAUUAUUGAGUGUAUUUCCAGCUACAAAACACACAUCUCUCUCCUCCCUCCAUUUUUGUUUGUGUCGCUGCGUGGUCAUACACGUGAGCAUCCUCAUGCUGAAAACAUGACUUGCCGCAUAUGUGACAUCACUCCCCGAGACGCAAAAAGAAAGCAAAAAUAUAUAUUUUUACAAAGGAAAAUGACAAAUAUAAUAGUAACGCACAGUGACUUGAAUACAUACUUUAAUUUGAUUACUGGUUUGGAAAUUACUCGUUACUGAAAAAAGUGGUCAGCUCAUAAUUAGUUAAUGUGUCUUUGUCAAGUGCGUUAAGGUGGCACUUGUUGCAUUAUUCCUUCAAAUAAUUCUGAACAGAUUUCUGUAGUUCAAACAACUCCGAAUUGUAGUUGAGAACAUCAGUUAUAACAGCCCACGUAUUAACAAAUUGUCGGGUUUAAAUCGGCUUGGGCUCAUAAUUACAGUUGCAGGGCUCGACACAACAUGCACGGGCUCAGGUCGGGUCGAGCUCGGACACAGUGUGCUAGGGCUUGGGUCAGGUCAGGUCAGGCUUGAUUUUGUGGAUCCGAUCUAAACUCUAAUCCCUAUACGCGAAUAGUGUCAAAUCGCAGAGGACCGGAUGUUCGGUAGCAAUCAACAUUUCCAGUGCCAUCUCGGAACGAAUGUUUGGUAGGAACCAAAAUUACGUGGGUUGUUCUCUGGGACCGACCUGACUGAGGGACAACAGCAGAACGAUACAUCCAUAGACAUAAUAUACGUAGAUGCCUCAUAGACUGACGCUGCCUAUUGGAGCUAACGUAUCAGCGCAGCCGCCAUCUUGGAUGGGUCUCCAAUGCGACCGCCUUGCUUUUCUACUGAGGAAGGUGUA